AUGGUUUCAGGUAUUGAAAAGAGAUUUUUUGAAGGAGCUGGGAACCAGAGUAAAAAUCCCAAGGACUCUUUGACAGAUGUUGAUAAUGAGAACUUUAGAACUGUUGGUGAAAUAAUGGCAGUCAGCCUCGCACAAGGUGGUCCACCCCCUGCUUUUUUGAGGGAGUGGUGCUACAACUUCCUCUGCACAGGAGAGGUGGACUUAAACUCUCUGUCUCAGGAGGAUGUGACCGAUCUAGAAUCCUGUCUGCUCAUCAGCAGGGUUGAAAAUUCUGCAGAUGCUGAGUCUCUGAUGUUGUUGGCUGAUGAAAUUGUAAGCUGUGGAUACACAAGGCAGAUCAAACUGGACAGCAAAGAAAACAUAAUUCGAGCAAUUGUCUUACAUUCUACAACAAGACUGAUUCCAAUGCUGCAGCAACUCAGAAAGGACAUGGAACUGUAUGGCCUGGUGAACCAGAUGGCUACAAACCCUGACGCUUGCCACCCCCUGUUUGUUCCGGGGAAGAUCAUAAAGCCUGAUGCUAACUUCAUAAUGAUGAACUGCCAGUCGCAAUUCAGUGAAAAGGGGACAUCUAAGGAGAGAACUGAGAGGAAGAUAAUCAACUUCUUACAAGAUUUCUUGCAGGAGAUCGAAAUGUCAGGAGGGGAGACAGACAGUGCAGCUGGUGACACAGGGCCUCUUGGGCAAUCCCACAUCCCCGUCCUCCCUGAUGAAAAGAGAUGCUUCAAAAUAACAUGCAACUUUAACCAUGAAUGCAGAGAGCAGCAAGGAGAUCACUCAGUGUGUUACCCAACUGUGACUGGUACUUGCUAGUGAACGCAACCCAGACGUCCCGCCAAAGUCUCUCAAUCCUAGAAUGAAAUUUUAAUUUAAAAUAACAAAACUACUAUAACUACAAAUAAUUAUGCAGUCAAAAAUUUCAAGACUGAAAAACUACGAACCUCUGAUUAUGAAUGCUCUUUCCUGAGAUAAAGCUUUGUCUUCCAGUUCCCCGUGUGGCAAACAUGAAGUGUGCGAUGUCCACGUUCUCAGCACCCUGAUCCCCCCUUACCCUAAGAUGAAAAUAAAUUUUAAUGACAUUUAAAAAGGUUUACUUCAACUUUAGUAGAGGAAAUAAAAUAUUUUGUUGCUAGUAUAUAAUAAAUAAAUGCCACUUCUCCCAACAUGUGUUUUUGUCAGGAUAAUUACCUAGAUGGUAGGCCAUGAAGCUGGGUUGAUCUCAGGAAGGAUGAGAAUGCAGGUGAAGCCUUGUUAUUUGUUGCUGCAUCCAAGUACA